UUCCUGUCCAGGUGGGGAGGCCAGAGUCCGACCCUGACUCAUUCCCCACAACAUCUCCUGGCGCUUAAAUCCCAGGCCUGGUAACAGAAAUCAACAGCUGUACCAAUUCUGAACCAGUCUCUCAAGAGAGGAAUCCCCUAGCAAAAACUGUGGGAGACUGUGGUGCUACCCACCACCUCCCUGAUCAUGGAAUACACCAAAGCCAAGGAUUAUAUCUCAGCUUGGAAUCCUACUUCCUUGCUCAGGUCAGUAUCCAAUGUGGGUUCCGAGUUUGGUCGUCGGGUCUGGGCAUCCGCUCCGCCACCACAGCGUCCUUUCCGGGUCUGUGACCACAAACGAACUACUAGAAAAGGUCUGACUGCUGCCACCCGUGAAGAACUGCUAGAAAAAGCACUUGAAACCUUGCUACUGAGCGGUGUGCUGACACUGGUGCUAGAGGAGGAUGGGACGUGUGUGGAGAGUGAAGAGUUCUUUCAGAUGCUGGAGGAUGAUACAAGUCUGAUGGUGCUGGAGGCAGGACAGACCUGGAGCCCCAUCAGAAGCGGGGUGCUUUCCUAUGGUUUGGGCCGGGAGAAGCCAAAGCACAGCAAGGACAUUGCCAGCAUCACAUUUGACGUGUAUAAGCAGAACCCCCGAGACCUCUUUGGCAGCCUCAAUGUCAAGGCCACGUUCUAUGGGCUCUACUCCAUGAGCUGUGAUUUUCAAGGACUUGGUCCCAAGAAGGUGCUCAGAGAGCUUUUGCGGUGGACAUCCAAGCUCCUGCAGGGCCUGGGAAACAUGCUUCUGGGUGUUGCAUCUACCCUUCGACACGUAGUGGAAGGUGCUGAGCAGUGGCAGCGCCAACGCCGGCUCCAUACCUACUAAGUACUCUGCCCCAUCCUCAGUCUAGAAGAUGGAUUUAGCAUGGAACAGAGAGGAAUUGUGGUUUCCUUAUCUGCACCUACUGUUAAAACUGGACAUAUUCUCCACUAACAUCCAUAUCUGAUAUUCUCUAUUUAGCCCUGGUUCCUAGGAAGGCCCCCACACCCAUCACCCCCCUCCUCCCUUUGUUGC